AUGGCGACGGCAACUACAUCAAAGGCCCCUGGAGGACCAUUCAUCCUCUCUCGCGCAACAACACCCCAAGAUUUCACCGACAUUGUCGCCUGCGAGUUUCGCACCUUUACCGACUCUUUUAUCCGCGAUCUCUUCAUGGGCCCCGAUACACCGUCCAAUCAAUCUCGGCUUGCCUCCUACUACCAUACGAUCCUCCACACUAACCCCGCGGACGUUUGGAUAAAGGUUACAGAAAAGAGGACUGGCAAGAUAGUGGCAGCGAGCAAUUGGAGAGUACACAUGGGAUUUGUGCCGGAACAUGAGGAGGAGGAUAUGGGAUGGGAAUGGUUAGAGGGUGAUGAGGAAAAGUUGAAAAAGUGCAAGGAGGUUAUGAAGGAUAUUGCGGACAAGAGGAGGAGUUUGUUUAGGGAGCCUUAUUGUCAGCUUCAUAUUUGCUUUACAGAUUCAUAUUACCAACGAAGAGGCAUUGGAUCUAUGAUGCUGCAAUGGGGAUGUGACCUUGCGGAUCAAUUGUUCUUGCCCUCAUGGGUUGAGGCGUCUCCGACAGGUAACUUCCUGUAUCGUAAGCAUGGGUACGCGGAUGUCGACGUGAAGAAAGGAGGAGAUAUGGAGGGUAGUCUGAUGAAGAGGGAGGCGAAGGUGCUGUUCAUCGGAGGCGGAGCAAAAGUGCAAGGAGAUCGAAGUUGA